AUGUAUGAGAACUCGACCAUGCUGAAUCUACAAAGUGUGUCAAACUGGAGCGGACCCAGCCGCUGGUACGACCGGCCGGCCACGGUGGAAACACAUCACAGCACAGUGGGCCGUUUGGGGGACGCGGGUGGGAGGAUGGGGAGAAGAGGAGCGAGGGAGGAUGGGGGAGAGGUGGAGGAGUCUCAGCUCCAGCUGCAGCUGAAGCGGAAGCUGCAGAGAAACCGAACCAGCUUCACCCAGGACCAGAUCGAGGCCCUGGAGAGAGAGUUUGAAAGGACACAUUACCCAGACGUCUUUGCAAGAGAGAGAUUGGCAGCAAAGAUUGAUCUUCCGGAAGCGCGUAUUCAAGUGUGGUUCUCCAAUCGGAGAGCCAAAUGGAGGAGGGAGGAGAAGCUGCGCAAUCAGAAGAGGUCAGGGGGCGGGAUUUCCUGUCCCCAGGCACACACCCCCCUGAGCACCUCCUUCAACUCUGCAGUGUAUCAAACUCCAGUCUACCACCAACACAGCCAGGGUCCAGGCUCUGUGCUCAGUCGCAGUGACAGUUACAGCACUCUCUCGGUCUUCUCUGGUGUCCAGUCUGUGCCCCAUCACUCUGCCGUGUCAUACUCCUGUGUUCUCCCUCCGCCCCCUUCUGCUCCUCCUGCACCUCCUCGGAGCUUUGAGGCCUCUGCUCCUUACUCCCCCAGCCACAUCGCUCCUCCUCCCCCAGGGGACCCCAGUGCAGGUCUCCUCUCCCCUGGUGUGUCCAUACCUCUGCAGGUUCCUGGGGAUGAAGGGAGUCUGGGCCCGUACUGGGCCAGGCUGCAGUGAGAGAGGAGAGGAGGAGAGAGGAGAGGAGGAAUGGCACAUGGGGCUUCU